GCAGCGCUCUUACCGGGAAGGGACACAAUUUGCCUGUGCAGGGGGGAGGGGGGUUGCACCUUUUCCUUCCCCUUUAUGGGCUGAUAAACAGCUGGGUGUAUAGCAGUGACAGCGCAGGACGCCGAGUGGGUUGUUAACCCCCGCAGCCUGCAGGUCCCUGGCAUUCCCGCCUCGCCGUAGUUUUCUUUUCUUUGCAAACCUAACAGCGUGACGGUGCGUAGAAGGAAGAAUUCCUGGCAGUAUUUCCUGGAUUAGCUUCAGUCUCAGUCACAGCUCGAGCAACUGACCCCUGCUGAGGCUUAACUAGUCUUCAUUCGUGUCGUAACAACCGAAAGUAAAACCGGACUGGGCGGGCUGUGGGGAGAAUGUGAUUUGCUGUCAUUGGUGGCAGCUCUCCACUGAUGCUUUCUCUGCAGACACGUUCCCAGACUUGCCUCUGUGGACCACCAUUACAGAUUCAUGGACACCUAUGUGAUGUUGGUAAACCAGGUGCCGACUCUUGCCAAGUCUGUAGACCUCAGCUGAGCACUGACAAAUUCAUAGCUGGAAACCAGACCAGCUCACCCAUCUUAGUAAUGUUCAAGAAAACAUACCUGAGAAGUAUUUGUCUCCACUACCAGCAGUAUCUUAUUCUGAACAGACAUUUUCUCAGCUUUUUAAAUAAUGCAGCUGGAAUAACCAUCUUCAUUCUUUGCUGCAUCAGCGCAUAUCUACCAGGAAUAGAAGCUGAAAGAAGAAGGUGGGAGGCAGUUAUAGAUGAUUUGCAUGAGAUUAAAUACACAUCUGAUAGCAUUGAUGCCUGUUUAUACACUGCGUAUACAGACAAGCCAGAUGAGUGCGAAGUACAAGUGAUGGAAUGCUUUUUGUUAGAGUUGAAAGUGAUUUCCCAUGAAUGUGAAAUCAGAAAAGGAUGUAAAAUCAAACAGUACGUGCGCAAUGUGCUGGCAAAUGUAAAGGCAAAUUUACCAAAGAAUACAAGUUUACCAACCAGUCUGAACAGGAAUAAAAUAACAUGCAAACAAUGUGAAGAGUACGAAGAAAGAAAUUUUAUUAAAUUUAUAGAGACAUUCGAAGAGUUUGCAAAACACAAGCUGAAAUUUUUACUGCACAUUCCUAAAUAGGCUUUCUUUUUGAAAGUGCUUAAGGGAAACUCCAUAAACUUUGCUGGCACUUCAAGCAAUAUAAUCAUUGGAUGGAUGGAGAGACAACCGGUUUGGCUAUUUUAAAAACUUUGUAAGACAGAAAGUCAGAAAAAAAGCGAAGUAUAGCCAAGAAUAAGCUGAACUAUGAACUGCGCCACAGACUAUUAUAAAAUUAUAUGUAUUUUAUAAACAUUUUAGAUAAAUAUUUGCUCUUU